CUAUUACAUUUCUGUUGUGAAUAUAUAAUAAAUAUAUAUAUAUAUAUAACAGUGCAUUACAACAAAGGCAGACAUACCAACUCACACGGAACAAGAAUGUUUAUCAAAAUACAGCGUUUAUAACGCUACAGCUACACAGAACUAUUUUGCGAGGGGAGCAGCAGCCAGUUGUCAAAAGAUGUGUGGAGUGUUGUUCUCUGUACCACUGUCCUUGUUGUGGGCCUGAUAUGUUCAAACCCACCAUCAAAAGCAAAUGUUUGAAACAUUUACAGGGACAUCGUCGAAGAGCAAUACGACACAAAGAAUUCUUUAUUUUCAAAUGUCAUUUAAAGUGCCGAACUGCUCCACACUUCCACUGCGUCAGCUGCAAGUCCACCUUCAUGAGGAAAGAUGGAUUUCUAAAACACCUGCUUAUGUGUGAGCACAAGGACCCCAAGGUAGUGGUUGUGGAGGUCAAAUCAGAGGAAAGCUCACCUGCAUCAGAAAUUGUUACAACACGCUCACCUGAGGCUGGCCGUGCUGAAGAUAUGUCUGUCAGUGACAGAGCAAAGAGCCUGGUCUCUGGGAAAAGAAAAGCUUAUCUUGUGCAACCCUCAUGCCCUAAACAGGCUCUCAUUGUCCUGCAGUCUACAGAUGAGCUGAAAGUAGACCAGGGGCCCACAUGUGAUGAGAUGGCAGGCCAAGGGUCCAUAGAUGAGAUAGUGGACCAGGGUCCCUCAGGUGAGGGAGAUAUUGUGGAGGGGCAGGUGAGCACAAAUGAACCAAUGAAAAGCCCAGUGGAUAAAGGAAAUCCUUCAGUUGUAGACCUCAGUGUCUCUGUUGGGGAUCACAUUGUCUCAAAUUCUGCUGAGAACUCUCAUGCCACAGAGACUGAUGUUGCUAUACAGACUUUGGUAAAUGAGAUCUCUGGACAUACAACUGUUGAAAGCACCGUCCCACAAAGGCCAAGAUCUGACACACAAGAUCUGUGUCCUUUCUGUGGUUUAAUGCUGCACAGAAAAAAUCUGCAGGUGCACUUGAGGAGGAAGCACCCAGAGCAAUUGCCAAGGCAAGAGAAACCUGCACCUGCUCAGGUGAAAAACCCAAAACAGCAGAGACUCCCUCUGCGACAACAACAAAAGAUUGCAAUGGAGAGUGAGAUCAGAGAUGUGUUCAGACACUGUAUCAGGUUUCCUAUUCCUAUUUCUGCCUCUGUGGUCGCUGACGAGCAAGUGGACACUGCCAAUGAAAAGCGGUGCAUUACUGUAUUGACCUGCUGGAGUCAGUGUGACUUGGAGAGAGGGAAGAAACUACUUUUCUCUCAGAGAUGGACACUACUGUGUAAACAUGACAAAAUAGAAUAUGUGCUGCCAUCUGGAACGAGCACACACAUACAGGGAGAGUUGCUUAGUUGCCAAUCUCCAUUUGGGCCUCUUCGAGCUGUCUUCCGGGAAGAGGCAGCACAUCAAUACCUGGAGGUAUGGGGUCAAAACGGUUUGGAGAAAAGUUUAGACCUCACAGCUCUGAGUAAACAUGGAAAAGUGUAUGUAGAUGCUCAGUUUGCAUGUCUAGCCUGGUCACCAUGUGAAAAAAAGUUAAUGUAUGUGGCUGAGAAGAAGAGGGUGGAGCCAUCAGGACAUGCAUUGUUUGGAUCAGCCAAUGAGGAUGGAGAGAAAGUGCUGCUGGAGGAACAGGAUAAGAAUUUGUAUGCUGAAGACUGGGGUGAGGGACUGGUGGGUAAAAGCUGUCCAGUAUUGUGUGUAGCUGAUCUCAGUAAAGGAGCAGUCAUCGUAUAUGCUGGUGUCCCUCCUCAUAUAUCACCAGGGCAGGCUUUGUGGGCGCCUAAUGGGAGGGGCGUUUUGUUUGUGGGCCAGUGGAAUGAGCCAUUCAGACUGGGCCUGAAGUUCUGCUCCAAUCGUAGAUCAGCUCUCUACUAUCUAGAUUUGAAGGGGAAAUGCGAGUGCUUGUCCUCUGAAGGCGUAUCUGUGUCGAGCCCUCGUAUGAGUCCAGACUCCUGUUGGAUUGUCUACUUACAGGGACAUGUGUUUGGACCACAUCAUCAGUGCCUGAGUAUGAUGCUGUAUGACAUGAAGAAUAGAACCACUUCAGUCUUGGUUGAUGUUGUCAGGAGAGCAGAAAAAGGUCAGUUUGCUGGAAUAUAUGAAUCAUUGCCGCCUCUUUGCUGGUCUGCAGACAGUGAGAGAAUCUUCUUCAGCAGUGCUUGUGAAAACUAUAAGGCAGUGUACUCAGUGGACAGAAGUACAGGAAGAGUUACACAAGUGUGCGGAACGGAUUCUUUAAGACUAGAUAACUUUGGGAGUGUGCAGCUGUUGACAAUACAGAAAGACCUGAUGGUGAUGAGCUGCUCGUCUCCACUUCAACCACCCUGCCUGAGAGUCGGCUUUCUCUCAUCAGUAGAUCUUGCUAAAGACAUGCAACUUUAUAAUCUUGGCAGAGCAGAUGUGUAUGAGGGAUUUGAUUGGCAGCCCAUGUUGAUCAUGCCCCCUUCUCAAGAGGAAAACCAUCAGUUCUGUGGUCUGAAUUUUGGAGCAAUUUUGUUAAAGCCGUAUAGUCCUCCCGAGAGAAGGAAAACUCCUCUAGUGGUGAACAUACAUGGUGGUCCUCACGCUCAUUUUGCUGCAGAAUGGAAUGCCACAGCCGCUGCUUUAAUAAAACUGGGCUUUGCUGUUCUGAUGGUAAACUACAGGGGUUCCACUGGUUUCGGUCAGGACAGCAUAGAGUCUCUGCUCGGAAACAUCGGCAGUCAGGACGUCAAAGAUGUUCAGAGAGCUGUGUUGUGCGCUUUGCAGAAUGAGGCAACCCUUGAUUCUGAUAGGAUUGCAGUAAUGGGCGGCUCUCAUGGUGGCUUUCUGGCCUGCCACCUGAUUGGUCAGUAUCCAGAUUUCUACAGAGCAUGUGCAGCACGGAACCCCGUCAUCAAUGCAGCUACACUGCUCGGAACCAGUGACAUUUUAGACUGGAGAUAUUCCUCUGUUGGGAUUCAGUAUUCUUUUGACCGGCUGCCUACAUCACAUUCCCUCACUGCCAUGCUAGAGAAAUCGCCUAUAAUACAUGCUGCACAGAUACGUGCUCCUGUGUUGUUGAUGUUGGGUGGGAGAGACAGGAGAGUAUCACCUCACCAGGGUCUGGAGCUCUACAGAGCACUCAAGAGCAGAAGCACACCUGUCAGGUUACUAUGGUACAGUGAUGAGGGUCACUCAUUGUCUAAAGUCAACACUCAGGCUGACUGCUUCUUCAACAUUGUUCUGUGGUUCAAAGAACAUUUAAACUGACAGCACUCUAGCAACAUUUCUUGGUUGUUGCCUCUCUACUGUGUUAGUACUCAAGUUCUCAAAUGCAAAAAAUAUCCAUCUGAUGUUUUUCUGUCUGCACACAUCGUGUUUGAAAUUUUUGCCAAAAAUAAAUGUCUAUUAUUAUUAAA